AUGGCGUCCUCACAAUCAGUCAGAAAAGGCCAAGUACUUGUUAGUUGUAACUUAUGUGAAACAGGUAGACCUAUCAAAUGGAAAUGCAUAGACUGCAAUAUUCUAAUGUGUAAUCACUGUAAAGAACAAGUGCAUUCUAAAUUUAAAAAUGCACAAGAGCAUAAAACAUUAGACAUCAAGGAUAUAGGAGUACACCGAGAGGAAAUUGAUUUCACCAAUAUUAAGUGUAAUCAACAUUCAUCACAACAUUGCUGUCUUUUUUGUAAGACAUGCGACUGUCUUGUGUGUCCAACUUGUUUUGCUAAAGAUCAUAAGCACCAUGACUUAAUUGAGAUUAGCGAAGGGUACAAUAUGAAAAUACAGAGGCUCAAAGAAGAACAAGGUAAAAUUCAAAAGAUUAAUGCUAAAUCAGCUUUUCAAAUAGGCAAGCUUCAAAACCUCGUAAACGAGGAAAAUCUAAAGCAUUCAAAAGUCAAAACAGAUAUAACUGAUCAUCAAAAAGUUAUAAAAGGACAAGUAGACAAACAUUUCAAUGAACUCAGUAAUAAACUGUUUGAGAGUCAUGAAAAUGCUAUUUCGUCGCUGAAGUCUGAUCUGAAUGCUGUCUUCUUGUUCAAAACACAGACUAAAGACAAAACCACUGAAGUCCAGGAAUUCAUUCAAAUCACCGAUGCUUCCAAAUUCUUUAGAGAGGUCAAUGAGAUGGAGCAAUCACUUGACAUACCAAUGCAACAAAUUCAACCAAGUUACAUUUCGUCACCAAAAUUUGUUCCAGGAAACACAACCCAAGCUAAUAUUGGAUGUUUAGAAGAUGAUGAAAAUUUGUCUUUGGAACCAAAUAUAUCUCUAGUUGUCAGCAAAGAAUACAAGUCUGACCUCCCAAUUAUAGCCUUAAUUAGACCAUGCCUCGACUAUUCAUACUGGCUAUGUUCUACUAGGAGUGGUAUAUUGCAAAAAGUAAAACCUGAUGGAGCAAAACUAAGCAAAAUAUCACAAUUUGAGAUAGAGGUCUAUAGUAUAGCACUACUUUCAUCAAAUGAUGUCCUUUUAGUGACAAAUGAACCAAAUCCAAAACAACUCACAACUACCACUGGUAAACUGACAGAUACUGUAUAUGAUAUUGCCCCUUUUACUUCGAUUGUCAUCCACAUUACCAGUGGUAAUAAAGUAGUUGUAGGAGGUGCAACUGACAAACCAAGAAAAAGUGCUGUGUUUGUAAUGAAUGAGCAGGGAGAGCAUGAGACUGUGUAUGAACAUGACCAAAAUAAUCAACCUAUAUUUUUAAACUACCCAAGGUGUAUUAUUAGUACCAGAAAUGGAAAUAUUUUUGUUGCAGAUUAUCAUGCACGUAGUAUUCAUGGAAAAUUAGUAGUCUUAGGACAAGGAGGGGAUAUGAUAAAUGAAUAUACUGGCCAUCCAGACAUCAAUAAGGAUCAUCCAUUCAAACCGAAUGACAUAGUGGCAACUCCUAAAGACAAUGUGGUUGUAAAAAGUCCAAAUGAUCCAAUUUUACACAUUCUUAACAAUCAAGGUUAUCUUUUGACAUUCUACAACACUCAUAAUAUAGGAUUGUUAUGUGCGUACUCUCUUGCCUUCAAUUCUUCUGGUCAACUCUGCAUAGGAUGUACUAGGGCUGAGGGAAGUAAUACCAAGGAAGCCAAGUUGUUUGAAGUGAACAUUUCAGGAUUUUAAUCUUCUUUUCAAAUCGAAAUUCUAUCAAACCUGUGAACUUAUGAACAUCCAGUUUUUUAACGAUAUAAAGAAAAAAUUUCA